AUGCAGCUCAAGGAACGGGAAACUCCAAGACUGUCGCAGUUGGUGCCAUAUUCAAGCCUUAUUCUCACAAUCUCAUGCGUGGUCAUCUUUCUUGCCCGGAUCUAUAUCCUCGAGCCACUCGUGAAGCGAUACAAUGGACAGUACAAAUGCCUCAGUCCCGCCCAACAGAGAAGUCUGAUCAACCACUAUGUCGCCGCUACUACCAAGCUUCUUCUGCUCUUUGUGGCGGUCUAUCCUUCCAUCAUGAUCAUCACCGGUCGCAGGAAUCUGCAUUCCCGGUUUGGCAAUGGAAAUGUUGAAUAUGGAGAUGUUUUGCUAUGCGUAUUCGAAGUCUUCACCUCGAUGUAUAUCUUCGAACUCUUUUACCGAGAGAAAGUCAGCUACAUUAGCGCGGCUCAUCACAUCGGUGCGGUUAUCAUCACACAGACAGCCAUCGUCCUAUUUGAAGACCCAAAGCAAAUGCCAGACGCCGAGCUUGAGUUUCUCCUCUGCUUAAUUUGGGGAUUCUUCGACAUAGCCGCAGAAUUGUGGCCACAUCUUUCUAUCAUAAUAUAUCGUACUUGGCCCGAAAAUCACGCUAUCCUUGCUGAUAUCUUCCUGGCGACAACGAUCCUCGAGCUCAUCGGCACUAUAACUGAGACCGCCACGAUUUUCGCGAUGUUCUUCUUAUGGUGGGAGCAGUGGACAAUCGAGUUCAGAGUGCUCACUCCGACUCUACAUCUUCUGUUCAGUUGCGCACAGCUAUGGGGUGCAAGAGUGUUCUGGCUCAUGUCGAGACAGCAUCGUAGAGCCGCAAAGGGUUGCAUGAUAGAAGACAACGCUUCAGAAGCCUUGUCAUCGCCCCCAGACUACCGAGUGGAAAUCGCAACGAAGAAGCAUUCAACCGGACAUUUCUGA